UACAGCUAGUUCUGACUUUUUACGGCCAGCUCUCCUAGUCGGAGCCAUACUGUGAUUUUUUUUCAACCUCUGGCACUUCGAUUCUGUCACUGGAUCGGAUAGUUCUCCGAUAGGGUUCUCGCCUCCAUGGAGCCAUUCAAGUGAUAUAGUCGGGGUUUUUAGGGUUUUCGUGAUGCCGGAAAUGCCGGCGGAUCCAAUCAGCCCUCCGGCGGACUCCGCCAAGGAAGAGCUGAUCGACAUGAUUCAGCGCUUUCUGGAAUAUGUCGCUGGGAUCUCGGAGCUCUUGCCUUUCACGGUCGAUCGCCAGAAAUUUCGCUCUAUCACAACGCUUGCCGCGCUUUCUUUUGCAAUAUUUAUUGCUUGGAAAUUUUUGAGAGCUCCACCUGCACAUCAAAGAAGAUCGAGACAGUCGAGUGUAGCAGCAGCUGUUUCUGGUGCCAGAUCUAGUAGUUCAAACUCAGGACUUACAUCAUCAGAAUACUACUCAUCCUCUGCAGAGUUAAGACCACAUGAUAGAGUUGAUGAACUCUUCCAAACUGGAAAGCGAACUUUGGAACAGAUAAUAAGGCAUAGGCUGAAUGAAGGACGCAAGGCUACAUGCCAAUUGCUUGGUGUGAUCCUUGAGGAGACUACGCCGGAGGAGCUUCAGGAACAUGCAACUGUUAAAUCUUCUGUCCGGGAGUUGCUACUAGAGAUAACAAAAUUCUGUGACCUGUAUCUUAUGGAAAGAAUUCUUGACGAUGAAAGUGGGGUGGGUUGCACUAAUUAUCAAUCAUUUUAG